AUGGGAUUUGUGAUGGGUACACGUGUUCCUAGGCGGCUCUUUAAGAGCAGAAUUGGGUCCCCGGAUGGGGUCCGGCCCCAGCUCCGCUGGUUCCUUAGGAAUGCCCAGAGGGCAUCAUCCCAGGCGGUCUCCGCGGAGACCAAGCGUCUGACCCGAGGUCGCCGAGUGCACUACCCAGGCGCGCUGCCCAUGAGGCCGCUUAGGAUCGUGGCGCAAGUCUCAGGAGGUGGAGAGGCCCUGAUUCAAGGUGGGCAACAGAAGCCACAGCUGGAGGUGCCCAGGGCGGGGAGUGCACUGGGCGGUGCCGGGAGCCGGGAAGACUGGGAUCCGGGAGAAGCGCGGCGCGAGCUGUCCCUGCACCCCCAGGGCGGCGCCGAAGACCCCUCCCCCAUCGAAACCACCUUGAGCGGAAAACGUGGGGUCCCGGCGCAGCCGCUUCUGGCCGCAUCUGCCGCUCCCCAGCUCGCUGGAGAGCCCGCCCCGGAGGAGGGGCUGGCUCCGCCCCACCUCCGUGCUGCCUCCCUCCCCCUUCCCCUGCUUUCCUCGGGCCGCGCGCCCCCUCCUCCCCCUCCUCCUCCUCCUCCUCCAUCCUUCCUCCCGCCGGGUUCGUGCGCCCCUCCCGCUGCGACUGGCUGGGAGGCUCGGCGGCCCCCGCCCCGACAGGGAGGCGGGGGCGCUAGCCGCGGCCGCCACCCGAGGCUGCGGAGGGGAACGAGAUCCGAGGCCCCGAGGCGGCCCUGCGUCUGGACCGGGCGCGCGGGGGCUCUUCUGCGCCCCCCAGCCCUGGGCCGCUGGGCCUGGCCUCGCUGCGGGGUGGAGGAGAUGGGCUCCUUUCAGCCAGAGUGUGUCUCUUGCUUGUUGGACCUUACUGAGGCCAUUGGAAAGACACUCCCAACAUCCUGACAUUUUUCUCCAAAUCCCCUAAUGUUCCAGCCAUGGUAGGUACAUGGCCUGAGCUCCAGGGAUGGUGGGAGACAGUUUCAUCAUCUGCUUUGCUGCUGCUCUGUUCACCAACCUGUGAGUGGGGAAUGGGGGAAGUAGUGCCAGCUUAUGCCCCCCUGCUUAGUUCAGCUAACUUCUUUUGUGGGUCUAUGAAAACUUUCCAUCUCUGAUUCUAAUUUCUUGGUUAGGAUGUUUUCUGGGUGCAAGUAACACAGAACCAGCUGUAACUAGCUUAAGCAAAAAAGGGAAAUAGGGGCUGGGUGCAGUAGCUCACACCUGUAAUCCCAACACUUUCAAAGGCUGAGGCAGGU